GAAAAAUUCGUCGAGGCUCAAUCAAAGAUCGACAUGCUUACAUUAAUGCAAUUGGUAAGUUGUUAUAUUUCUUCAAAAAAAUUCUGUAUUCUUUUUUUUUUAUUGUUUCAUAUUUAUUUCCCUACGUUUUUAUAUUACUGUUUUAAUUAUACCUUACUUUUUUGUAUGUACUUCAUUUUUUGACUACUCAUGCAGUCGAUUGGUAACCUACUUUACAAUUUCGUUAUGGCUAUGGUGUCGCUUCGAAAAGAAAAUUUGUUAUAUAAAUCAUGGGUUGGUAUAUGGUGAUAAUUAUAACGUAGAAGCUACAUAGAAUGUAGAACUGAAUACGAUGGAAUGUCCUGCGUCCUCACUUGUAAACAAACACGCGAAUCGUACGUUCAGCCGCAACGCGUCCACGUGCAAAACACGUUGCGUUUCAUACGCUGAUUUUCUUUCUCUUUCUCUCUAUGUAUAUACAUGUGUGUAUUGCGCCUUUAACCCUUUGUUAAUUAUUUUGAAGAUAUCGAAGAAAAUAAUGAAAAAUUUAUUGCAAGUUAAUUUCUCGUAAAAAUCGUCUAAUAUCGAUGUAUACAUCGCCUACAAAGAUGCAAACAUGUAAAACCUAGUGCAAGAUGUAUUAAGAUGAAAUGUACAUAUAUUGUUUCAAAUAGUUAUAUUAGUAAACCAUGAAUUUACUAGGCUAAAUGAGAGAAUAUGAUUUUUAUAAAAAAUUAUAAACGUACAUAUAUUUCCGUUUCUUACGUAACGUUCUUAUAAUAUUUUAAUUUCAUCUUUCAAUUCAUAAUUUGAAUCUUUCUUAAGAAAUAUAGAUUUCACUUUUCUGUUAAUAUAUACAUAUACAUGUACGUAUACACAUUAUAUAUAUAUAUAUAUAUGUGUGUGUAUGUAUACAAUAUCUUUAGAUAUAUAUUUGACCACUUUAAUAAAAACUAUCGAUCCCUGAGUGAUACGAUGAAUCAAAGGGUUAUAAAAUCAUAAGGAUGUAUAUGUUACAAUUUUAAUUGAUGUGAGACAAAAUGAUAAUAUUCGUGUUAAUUAUAAGCGUCCUUAGAUCUAGUACGUCUUUGAACUUGACAAAGUUAAAUUCUACGAAGUUUAGGAUUCUUGUUGAACCUCUAGAAUGCCUCGAUAUAUUCCUUAGCCCUGCAAAAUUUUUUUUUCCGAAUUCCUCGAACGCAAACUGGGAGUGGCGUCCUUCAGGCUCCUGUUUUCGUUAUUCUGUACCGAAAGCUCGGAGCAUAGUUUGCUGAUAUCGUUCGUAGCGAUGACUUCGAGGAAUUCCGUGGUAGGUGAUACGCAUUAAAUUUCACGAUCUUUACAUAUGAACGGAACGUUUUUAGCAAUCAUUUUCAAAUUCCCUCGUGUAGUGUAUCUUUCGAGGAAUACUGCAAGUCCUAAAAUUUCAUCACUUUUACCGGAAAUUACGCAAGGAAAAUCGGUUGACGUAACGAACGAACGAUGCGAUCGUUCGAAUAGCCAUUAAUCAAAAGCACAUAAUUAAAAAAGAUCUACGAACUAAUUGGGAAUUGUAGAAUUUUUACGAUAUUCUCUUAACAUUAAAAUGUAAAUAUAAUUUACGUAGUUCCGCGAUCCAAACAUUACGUACAGCGUCCAACUUCCUGUAGCGUCUAUUUACAUACACGCUUUACAGUUAAUUACGGAUUCUAAAAACUAAUGAUGUAUUAUCCGUUUGCAAUUGCUUCUUCGUUCGACGAAAGAGAAAAUAAAUCGAAUAGUAAUUCGAUCGGUGCCUCUCAAAAGGGAAAAAUGGUGACAGUGUUUUUAUAUUAUCGCUUCGUAACAUUAUAUCUUGUUAUCAUGCUAAUAAUACCAAAUACAUAUACAUCGAGCGUGAUCAUUUAACCAAACAGAAACAAACUUCAAAAUGUUCUAACGAUUGAUUUCUUUCUUCUCGAUAUUGCAGCUAGAUUUAUCGUGUGAUACCGAUGGAGUGAAAAUAUCCGACAUGCCUGAUUGGAAAAAUGAGACGUCGCAUGGCCAGCAAAUGCAAGCGUCACGCAACCAGGACCAUAUGCAGCUGCAAAAACGCGAGCAGUUGCAUCGCGACAAAUUGCAACAGCAACGGGACCGCGACAGCGAACGAGAACAUCUGCAUCAGUUGCAGUAUAUCGGUAACUUGCUGUUAGACCCUCCGCCGGCAACCAACUUCCAAGGAUACUCGCACGAUGCAUCUUGCACGCAAUCCAAUAAGAACAACAAUAUCGAUGGAGACAUGUCAAUUUCGGAUUUAUUCGGUCUGGGCUUACCCCGGGGAUCGUUAAUAGGCAGCCAGUCAACAGCUGCAUCUCCUGGUUGCCGUAAUUAUCAGUACCAAGGACGCAAUCAGGCAUCUUCUCAGCAUUAUCAGAACGAUGAUAGGAACGGAAUUUGCUCGAACUCGUCUAUCUUGGACGUUCCAAGCUCUCCAAGUUCUAUUACUACACCUGGCAGUCCUAGCACACCUGGAAGUCUGUACUCGAACCCUUACUCGUAUUCAUCUACGAACAGUAGUAAUCAGACAACAUCAUCGCCAAAGAGUCGAGGAUCCAUGCAGAAUGUGGGUUCACCCACAUCGCCCAUUCAUUCUCCUUAUUACGGAAGACCUAUUCGUGGAUCACCACCUUAUAGUGAUUGUAGCAGUCCCACUUUUGAAUAUCCUCACGUGAUGGGAUGUACUGGAUCAAGAUCGAAUUCACCAGCGGAUUCAGAUACGAGUGGUAUAAGUAGUGUAGAUGGAUCUCUGUCCGAUAUAAUGAAUUGUUUAUCAUUAAACUCAUCGUCACACGAAUGUUGCCCGCAAUCUUUGGGUUCAUUGAUGUCGCCGGAAGUGGAUUUAUGUACGAAUAAUAGAGCAACCGCAUUUCAACGAAUGGCAAUGAAAAAGUAUUUAUCAUCGCCCCAUCAAAAUUCAUCGUCGACACAUCAUCAUCAUUCACAUGGGCACAAUCGCGGUCAUCACUACGGAUCAAAUCAAAACGGCAGUUUCCUGAAUUCUUUUAUGCAUGAGAAAAAUUGUUGUUCCACUGGAAAUCAUAUGAUGGCUCUGAAUUCACCUCCGAUAAAUAUUUUAGACCCGCAGCUUUCACUCGAGCGCGUAGCGCGUUUUCAUCGGAGUGCUGCUGCACUUUGUGAUCCAACUUGUACUUGGAGUGGCAUAUUGCCGCAACGUAAUCAAAAACCAUCAGGUUAUUCAUCUAAAGUAUUCCUUGGUGGUGUACCUUGGGAUAUUACCGAAUCCCUUUUAAUUGCCACUUUUAAGCAGUUCGGUCAAAUACGAGUAGAAUGGCCAGGAAAAGAUCAGUCUGCUACGCAGCCGAAAGGAUAUGUAUAUAUUAUAUUUGAGUCUGAAAAACAGGUACAAGUAAUUCCUUGGAUUCUUGAAGACAGUAAUUACGUAAAAUCAUCAUCGCAAAAACUUGAUCCUCACAAAACAGUAUUUGUUGGUGCUCUUCAUGGCAUGCUAACUGCCACUGGUUUAGCAAAAAUUAUGGAUGAUCUGUUUCGUGGGGUUAUUUAUGCAGGGAUUGAUACUGACAAGCAUAAGUAUCCAAUUGGAUCUGGUCGUGUUACAUUUAGUACAAAACAUUCAUACAUGAAAGCAAUUUCAGCUGCUUUUAUAGAAAUAAAAACUGCCAAAUUUACAAAAAAGAUGUGCUUUCGCUACUUCUGUCGUAGUUGCUGGCAAUGGCAACAUUCGAUGGAAUCAAUGUGGCAUCAUAAGCCUUUAAUGCGCAAUUCCAAAACAAAUCAAGUGGUCGGAUUAUCGCCAAAUGUGAAUUCCUGGCCUCGUGGAAUGAAUAAUCCCACAAUUUAAGUACAGUUACUAAGCUUUUCUUUCAUGGUCAUACAU